AUGGCAAAAUCACUAUCAGCGCUGCUGGCGCAAGCCUCCAUCGAGGAUCACGACGAGACGCUCCGGGCCGCCAACGCCGAGAUCAAGAAGAACAAAAACGACGUAGACGCUCAGCAUGCCAAGGCGAUCGCACUGCUGCAUCUGGACGACUUCGAGGGCGCACUCAAGGUGUUCGAGGACGUGAAGGAGCUGCAGCAGAAGGCGCAAUUCGAAUAUGCGUACACACUGUACAAGACUGGCGACGCGGCGAAGGCGGUGCAGGUCGCGCAGGGAUCAGGCGCAAAGUCUGACCGCAAGACACAGCACAUUCUCGCCCAGGCUGCAUACCGGUCAGAGAACUUCGCACAGGCAGCGAAGACGUACAAGGAACUCGCGAACCCCCCCGUCGAGCACGAGGCCUUUGACAUCAACAUCAACUCGGGCGCUGUAGACGCCCAGUUGGAGUGGACAGGGCAGGGCGAGCUGGCGCAGAAGAAGAAGCCGACCAGGGAAGACCUCGAGGCGUUCGAGACAGCGUUCAACGCCGCCUGUGGGAGCAUAUCGCGCGGCGAGCUGGUGCAGGGACAAGUGUGCCUCAGGCGCGCCAAGGACCUCUGCAAUGCCGUCGAGGACUUCACCGAGGAGGAGAGGAAGGCGGAGAUUCUGCCCAUCACCGUGCAGCAGGUCUACGUGCUGACGCAGAUGGGCAAGAUCGACGAGGCCGAGCAGCUGGCGACAACGAUCCCCUUCGCCGACAUCAAGGACCUUUCCGUCCGCUACAUCGCCCAAGUCAACAGCAUCGCUGCAUCAAAGGAACACUCGAACCCGUACCUGUCACACCGUCUCUUCCACUCGUCGCCAAAGCCACCCGUCACAAACAAGCACUUUUCGUUCCAGGAAAACCUCUUGCAACAAGAUGAGUACGUUGUGUCGCUCCUCUCGCAGAAGACCGCCGGCGUUGCAUCGACAACCGAGAAGGUCAUCCGGGCAUCGCCGUCUCCUUCCUUGUCGCCGGCCGUUAACAUGGCUGGCGUCAUCAAUGCAGCGGCCCACACACGAAAUGCCGAGACCGACAAGGCAGCGCUGAAGGAGAUUGUGCCUCUGCUGGAAAAAAGGCCUAACGAUGUCGGCCUCGUUCUUACAAUCGCACACCUCUACAUCAUCACCAACAACUACGCCGCAGCCACGCACCUUCUGGAGUCGUUCUUCAAGCGCCUUGAGCAGAGCGGCUCUGCAUCCGACCUCGACGUGCGGUUCGCCCCAGGCCUGAUCGCCUCGCUCGUCUCGCUCUACACACAGCAAGGGCGCCCGGGCGCAGCGAAAUCCGAGCUCGCAAAAGCCGCAGAAUACUGGAGAACACCGCACAAAUCCAAAACAGAAGCGCCCUCCAAGUCCCUCAUGGUUGCCGCCGGCACAGCGCUCCUCGACACGCACAACCCCUCCAACGCCAAAGCAGCCGGUGCCAUCUUCCAGAGCCUCUACGAGCAAGACGAUGAAGACCGCGCCGCCAUCGCCGGCCUCGUCGCCGCACAGAGCAUCUACGACCCGUCUGGCAUCCCCGCCGACCUCCUCGCCUACCUCCCCGAAGCCAACCGCCUCGUCGCCGACAUCGACGCCGCAGCGCUCGAAGCCGGCGGCGUACCUACCACGACUACCCUCGUCUCCGAGGCGCGCAAGCGCAGCAUUGCACCGACGAAAGCUGUCGCGCCGAGGAGCAAGCGGUUACGCAAGGUCCGCGUCCCGAAGGACUUCGACCCGAACAAGAAGAUCGAUGCGGAGAGGUGGCUGCCGAUGCGCGAUCGCACGUACUACAGGCCCAAGGGCAGGAAGGGGAAGAAGCGGGCCGAGGGCCUGACGCAGGGUGGGGCGGUCGCCGAGGAGAAGAAGGAGGUCAAGAAGGAGGCGCCCAAGAAGCAGCUGAAGAAGGGUAAGGGGAAGAAAUAG